ACUGGAAGGAUGAAGAACAAUGCACUUUCCCGUUCAUCCGUGCGUUCAUUUAGCUCAUGUAACAAUAGAAUUUGCUUUGGAUAUCAAUUAACAUCAGCAGAGGUAUUCGUACCUAAGGUACGUUCGUACUUCAAGGCUUCCUCACCUGGUAUACGUAGGCGGACCCCUGUCGACCAAAGUAGUAGCAAUCAACACUCGUGCGAGUGCGCUUCUCCACCCCCAUCCACAUCGUCACCUUUAUCACAGUCCCUCGCGUCACGGACGAGGCAGGGCAUCCGCGAACCUCGCCGAUGCUUUUGUCUACCGGCAAUUGCCAUCAUGCUGCAGCUACUCGUGCCCUACCUACUUGGGAGGUUCUCCACGACUGGUGAUCUGCCAGCUGCCAGCCACGACGGCGACAAGCAUUGCUCCCGGAUAUGGUGCGAACAUUCCCGGACGCCGCAAGUCAAGCCGGGCAAUUCUGGCACCCAUGCACCCAACCCAUGAAUUUCUUCGACGUGUUGGCUGUCGUGUCCUCGGAGGUGAUCCCCGGUCGUAUCAGACAGCUUCAACCCACGGACCUAGCCAUGCUGGACAAUCACCAUCGAGCCCUCGAGUGCGUCGCCCAAGAGCCAAAAGAUGCAUUCAAGUAAUUUUUUGCAGUAGCGAGGUCUUGUGCCAGCUCAUAGUAAGCAUGGUGGCUUCGUACAUCAGACAAGCCGUGCAGUCUCGAUGCAUGUUUGCUUUUUGCUCUGCACCCUUCAGAAGUCCAGGUCCACCUCUUUGGCUGCUCACGACGGCCAGAGAGCCGGCUGCC